AUGGGAGAGUCGCGCGCCGUCGCAACGAGAGUCGUGAGGCCGCAUCUAGAGGGCUGCGGGCGCGGCCCUCGGGACGCGACGCGGCCCACUGGAGGGCCCAGUGAACAUUCUGCACACACACCGGCAUGGCGCUGCCCCGCUCGCUGCGCGGCCUGGCGCGCCUGGCGCUGCCCCGCGCCGCCCCCACCGCCCGCGCCGCCCCCCGGCCGCCCGCGCAGCUCGUGCACGCCCUCGCCGCGCCCGGCGUGCGCCCCGUGCGAGCCCGCGCCGCGCCCCGCGUGCCGCGCGCGGCCGCCCGAGCGCGUGCGCGCGCUGCGCGUCACGUGCUGCCCGCCGCCGCGCGGCCUGCGCCCGCCCUGCGCCGCGCCGCAGCCGGCCUGCUCGCGCUCCUGCCAGCACGCCAGACCGCCCAGUGCCGCUCCGCCCCGAGUCGACGCGACCCCAGACGACGCGUUCUGUGGCGACGGACAGGAUCGCGUCGCCCGACGGCUGCUCGAAGCGGAGAACCUGCGGCGAAUGAACUACCUGCUCGAGGUGGCGGAGACCGAACCGGCGCCGCCGCCGUCGCCGCCCCGCUACCGGCUGCCCGGCGAGCGCGAGUGCAUGUGCGCCACGGACGGCCGCCAGUACACGCUGGCGCCGGCGCCGAAGCCGACCGCGUCGCGCGCCUGCGGCCCGUGCCGCGAGCCGCCGCCGCCGCGCUGCGUCGAGGUGCUGCCCGACAACGAGUGCCAGGUGCGCAAGGGCCGCGCGCUCGACCCCUGCGCGCACCGCCCGCGCGUCAUCGUCGACGUCGAACGGCCGAAGGCCCGCGAGCCGCCCGGCCGGUCGCAGUGCGCGCCCCCCGGCCAGAAGAAGGCGGGCGACCCGAGCGCGCCGCGGCCGUGCCCGCCGCCGGCGCCGGGCGCGGCGCGCCGCGUGGGCGACUCGUCGUGGUGCACCACACUGCGCCCGCCCGCCGCCGCGGCGCCGCGCUGCCGCCCGCCCGACGCCGCCGAGCGCCUCAAGCGCCGCGCCUGCCGCCCGCCGCCGCACGCGCGCUCGCUGCACACGACGCCGGCGCCGGCCGCCCGCUCGGGCCCGGACUGCGCACCCCGGGACCUCGCGACGGUCGCCGCCGAGACGAAAGCUAACGCGGAAAAAUUGAGCGGCGUCCUGAAGGAGCGCUCCCGGUUGAAGGAGGCGGCCCACGGGCGGGAGGUGCCCCCCGAAGCGGGCGGCGGCGCGUCGUCCGUGUCGGGCGCGCUGCGGCUGCACUCGCCGGGCGGCGGCAGCAGCGUCCGCGUGCACGUCACGCUGGACGGCGCGCAGCCCGCCGCGCCGCCGCCGCGGGGCCCCGAGCCGCGCCCGGCGCCCCGCCCGGGGCCCCACCCGGGGCUCCGCUCGGCGCCGCUCGACGUGCCAGACCCGGCGCCGAAGGCCACGUGUAAAGACGUGAAACCUCCGCCGAAACUUCGCUCGCCGUGCGUCAAUCGAGCGGUUUCCCCCUUUUCUCUCGAGCGGCACGAGUCGUGGUUGUCUCUAAAGAAUAUUCAGGAGAAGAUCGCCAUCACCUGCGGAAAGAUAGCCCUGGCGAAGAAGUGCACGCCGGACAAGGCCGGCGGCGGCGGCAAGCCGGCGGGCCCGCCGCGGCCCCGCGCCCCUCCGCCGCGGCCGUGCGCGGCCCCGUGCGGCCCGCGGCCGACGCCGUGCACGCCUCGGCCGGCGCCGCCUCAGCCCGACAAGAAGAAGCCUACCUGCAACACGUCUAUUUCCACUCCGAUCCCAAUCAUUUAG